UUGACGUUAUCACCAAGGAAGCAUGCUCCGGAUCUUGACAUAAUACAAAGUUUCUUCUUUAUAGAUCACAACAAUUACAAAAACUUCUACAUUUUCAUUCACAAAUCACAAAAAAGAGGACUCAUUUCUUGUUUUCUUCGCUAUCUUGAUGUUCAUAAAUUUUGAUAAAAUUUAGGAUCAUGGAAGAUGGAACUAUACAAGAUGGUAAACAAAAGAGACCAAAAUCCAACAAUGAAGAAGAUGUCAUAAACCAAUUACCAGAAGGAAUUCCAAUAAACAUUUUAUCAAAACUAUCAAUCCAUGAAGCUGUUAGAACAAGCAUCCUCUCAAGAAAAUGGAAAAAUCUAUGGCCUUAUUUUUCCGGAACAUUAGAAUUUUCCGGUUCGCCGAUUAUGAAAGACAUGAAGAAAGAUAUGAAGAAGAUUACAGGAAGAAGUCUACAGAUGGCAAUGGAAAUCAUGUAUGAUGCUGAAAGACAAACAUAUACAAAUUGGAUCGAUGAACUGUUAGCUUCGCUUAAAUGUUCGUCUCUACAAGGAUUGAAGCUUUGGUUUCCUAUGAAAAAUGUUUCUGAUAUUGAUAACUGGAUUCAGUUUGCUGUUCGUAAAAAGGUUCGAAAGCUCGAACUGUAUUUCGGUCGUGCAAUUGAUUAUGUUCUUCCGUUGCAAGUAUUUAAGGUGAAAAGAUUUGAUUCAUUGUGUGUUUUGCGUAUGAAAUCGGUUACUGUGACCGAAGAGACGCUGGAGUAUUUACUGUCUGAUUGUCCAUUACUUGAAACAUUGAGUUUGAUUGAUUCAGAAGUUCCGAAAACUAUGAAGGUUUCAGGUUCAGGUUCAGGUUCAUCAUUGAAGUUGAAAUGUUUAGAGUUGGUAAGAUGUUUGGAAUUGACAAAAGUUGAAAUAUUUGCUGAGAAAUUAGUGUCAUUCAAAUACUAUGGGUCUAAUUUGGAGACAGAAUUCAAGAGUGUUUCAAGCCUUAUGGAAGCAUCUUUUGGAGGAUCCUUUGUAGAGUUUGUUAGAGAAAGUUUUAUGUUACAAAUAAAAGUGCUUAAAUUGGAUAUUACACAAAACUCACCUGACGUGAUUUAUUGGUUAAGUCAACUUCCCUUGUUGAAUAAUCUCAAGGAUUUGGAGUUGGUGGCUUGUGGUGAUGAUAGCAUAAUACUUGGUGCUUGUGUUAUUUUAUUGAAAACAUCACCUUCACUAUGUAGGUUCACAAUCAAGAUGCUAAAUACAGAACCUACUUUUAGAACAGAACACAAAUUUCCAAAGGAAUGUCAAUACAGUAUUAAGGAGUUGGAAUUGGUUGGAUUUUGUGGUGCAGCAUGUCAAGUUGAAUUAGUUAUGCAAAUUCUUGAGAAUGCAGUUGAACUCAUGAAAAUAACUAUUGAUACAAGGUUACCAACUAAACCAAAAGUGCGGCUACUGGGCGAGGAGCAAUUCAAAACUUGGAAUUGCGAAGAAAACAGAAAGCAUGCUUUGCGACUGAAGGACAAAAUACCGCCUUCGAUUGAAUUUGUUUGUCUUUGA